AUGCCUUUAGCGGCAAUAACAAUAGCCGUUAUAUCCUUUAUCGGCAAAUGGCAUUUAGCCGGCAAUGCAGGGGUCGGCAAAGCCUUUGGCGGUCAUUCUCACAAAAGCUGGAACCUUGAUAUUGUCCUAACUGCUGAAGGUUACAAAUUUGUAAUCACUGAGGAGUGCCCAAAAAAACCUGAUGAAGAUGCUACUGAUGAUCAGGUUAAAGCCUAUGACAAAUGGGUCAAGGAUGAUGAGAUAGCGCGAUGUUACAUUCUUGCCUCUAUGGCAAAUGUUUUGCAACAUCAGCAUCAGUCUAUGAGGUCUUCUUAUGACAUGCUCGAAAGUAUCAAAGAAAUGUUCGGUGAGCAAAAUAGUGCGGCUAAGCAAACGGCCAUGAAAGCCCUUUUGAACACCAAGAUAGCUGAAGGAUCAUCGGUCAGGGACCAUAUUCUGAAGAUGAUGGGUCUUCUGAAUGAACUGGAGGUCCUUGGAGCAGUGAUUGAUAAGGAAUCUCAAGUUGAGAUGGUCCUGCAGAAUCUGCCUGACAGUUUUUAA